GCAGCUGACAGUUUAAUGGCGUUGGUGGUUUGAAAUUUUUUUACUAUUAGAAGAAGUUCGUUAUUAGAUAAAAAUGUAAUUAAAAGUUGUGUUAUGAAGUGAAAAUCGUGUGACCCAUUUCUGUGUAAUCAAUGUUUAUUAGAUAAAAGAAAAAUAACGCAUUAGUAUUUGGUGAAAAGAACAAGCAAAAUGGUUAGAGCCACACCUACUGAACCCACAACACCAAUAGUCCAAACUAGAAGACAGAAAAUGACCUGCCAAGAGAUUCUCCCUUCACCAUCGACUCCACAUAGAAUCGAAUUACGAACCGAGAGCUCAGAUGAUAUAAAGAAAGUUGUUCAACCUCCUGAACCUGUACCAAAAUCAAAGAAAAGACUGAAAAAUGGACAAGUGGGCACAAAUGGCAGUGAAACCAAAAUUGUGGAGAAUGGAAAUCACAAAUUGACUGAAUACUUUCCAGUGAGAAGGUCUGUACGUAAGACGACAAAGACUGUACUAGAAGAAAAACAGAGAAGUUUAGAAUUUGCUUUGAAAAAUGAAAUUGAGGAAGGUUUAGAGGUUAGGAUAUUUGACGGCAAAGGUAGAGGUGUAGUAGCAUCCAAAUAUUUCUCAAGAGGCGACUUCGUAGUAGAAUACAGUGGAGACCUCAUUGAUCCUAUCGAAGCGAAGGCACGCGAAGAAAAAUAUGCCAGGAAUGAAAAUACUGGUUGCUACAUGUAUUAUUUUAAGUACAAUAAUCAGCAGUAUUGUGUCGAUGCCACUCACGAAUCAGGCAAGCUAGGUCGUCUGGUUAAUCAUUCGAGAAACGGCAAUCUGGCCACCAAAACAAUUGUGAUCGAAAAUAAACCCCGACUAGUGCUUUUAGCGAAAGACGACAUCAAAUGUGGCGAAGAAAUCCUUUACGAUUACGGAGACCGAUCGAAAGAAUCUUUGAAACAUCAUCCCUGGUUAGCCUAUUGACAUAUCUUUGUAGCAAGUGAUGUUUUUUAUUACGAUGUGCUAUAUUUGAAGUUUUUUUUAAAAGGGUUUAGUAAUGUUUUAGACGGUGUUUUUUAUUCCAGUGAACCGUUCAAAAUUAAUAGAUCGUUUUACAAAUGAAAAUUAAAAAAAUUGGAAAAUGAAAUUUUAAAAAAAUUGAAAAAUGAUUUUAUUGCACUAAAUUAUUUUAUUUCAAGCAAGAAGUAAAAUUGUCCAAAAAAAACAUAAGCAUACAUACUCUUUAAUCAGUAAACUGUAUUAUAUUUUUUAAUCUCUUUGAGAAUAUUGCGAAUAUAGAUUUCUAUACCAUAUUUCAAGAUUGUAUGGAGGAAGGUAGAAGUUCUCGAAUUAUUAAAUAUUGUUACCUGGGCCUGGCGAUUUGCCGUUUUUUAAUGUUUUACAUACAGGGUGUUUGGUAAAGAAUGGGCCAUAGCUUAACCGUAGAUUCCUGAGGUUAAAAUAGGUCGAUUUAAGCUAACUUACCUUAGUACGAAAAUUGAUAAUAACCGAAAUAGAGGGUGUCAAAGUUAAACUUUUAUUUUCUUUAUUUUUGAAUAUUUCCUGACAAGUAUGAGAUAACAACACGAAAUUUGGUAAGUUGGGGUUCUUUGGGACGAGAAACCUAAAUUCCCUACCAAAAAUGACAUAUUACCCAAUACCCAGAGGGCGCCACAAACGUCUUUCAGCGCUCAUUUAAUACGUUCAUUUUUUUUUGUCGCCCACUCUACAUAAUUUUGAGAAAAAUUUUAUUCCCCUAUUAUUUUUACUCAAAAAAGGUAUACUACAUUCAUCUCGCUAAACCGUUUUCGUCAUAAACGCAUUUUACAUCUAUGAUUCAAAAUUAAAUUUUUUGCAUUUCAUUGUAGUUACUAAAAACCAUUUGACAUAUCCUUCUCAUACUUGGCAGCAAUUGUAAGUACUGUACAUCCCUGUAAAUUGUAUUAAACAAACGUUUCUGGCUACUACCAGAGGCGUACGACUGGGGAAAGGGAAGGGUCAGCCAUUCACUUUCGCCUGUCGUACGCCUCUGGUUGUAGCCGGAAACGAUUUUUUAACAUAAUUUAGUGGGAUUAUUAUUUUUUUAAUAAUUUAUUAUUUAUUUAAAACGUUAAGAACUAUUUGUACCCGGUACUUUAAAGCUAUUUGAUAUAUCGUUAUCAUACUUGGCAGAAAGUGUACGUAUUACACCCUACUACCCGAGGCGUACAACACAGGAUAGUGAAUGGUUGACCCUUCCCAAAUUCUACGCCACUGAUGAAACUGCUAUUUUAGCAUAAUUUUUAGAUUCUCCAAUAUUACUUUCUAUGAAAAUAAUAUACUCAUCAUUCGUAACGAUAAAGUCAUUAGAUUUCGAGAUAUUUGAAGUUAAAAAUGAAACUACACAGUUAAUUUAAUUAAUGUAUUAUGCCCCUUUGUUUUUAACUUCAAAUAUCUCGAAAACUACUGACUAUCGUUACAAAUGAAGAGUAUAUUACUUACAUAGAAAGUAUUGGAGAAUCCAAAAAUUACACUAAAAUAGCAAUUCUGUCAGUGGCGUAGAAUUUGGGAAGAGUCAAACAUUCACUUUCUCCCAUCGUACGCCUCUGGUAGUAGCCAGAAACAUUUGUUUAAUACAAUUUAGUAGGAUAUACAGUAUUACGCUUGCUGCCAAGUAUGACAGGGAUAUGUCAAAUGGUUUUUAAUAACUGCAAUGAAAUUCAAAAAAUUUAAUUUUGCAUAGUAGAUUUAAAAUGCGUUUAUCUCGAAAACUGUUGAGUUUAGCGAGAUAAAUGUAGUAUAUCUUUUUUAGGUAAAUACAAUAGAAAUAGAGGAAUAAAAGUUUGAUCUUAAAAUUAUGUAGAGUAGGGGAUAAACAAAAUGGAACGUAUUAAAUGAGCGCGGAAAGACGUAUGUAGCGCCCUCUGGGUAAUAUAUAAUUUUUGGUGAGAAAUUUAGACUUAGCGUCCUAAAAAACCCCCAUCUACCAAAUUUCGUGUUGGUAUCUCAUGUCUGUCAGGAAAUAUUGAAAAAUUUAUAAAAUAAAAGUUUAACUUUGACACCCUGUAUUUCUGUUGUUAUCAAGUUUCGUACUAAGGUAAGUUAGCUUAAAUCGACUUAUUUUAACUUCAGGAAUCUAAGGUUGAGCUAUGGCCCAUUUUUUACCAAACACCCUGUAUAUUUAGAGUUUCUGAGAGUUCUAUUGGGAUAGACAAAGAAGGUUUUUUGGAUAAAUUUGUGUCUGUUUCGUGGAAAGUUAGUCCAGUCUUUAGAGACGAAAAUGCAACUAAACCUCUAAAAAUCAUACAAGCAAGCUGAAUUUUGCUGAGAACGUCAAUUUUGUGAUCCCAAUAAAGCUUGAUCAAAUCUUUGACAACUGGACUAUGUUUGUAUCCAAGCAAACCAAAAUGUUUUCGUCUAUUUUUGUAUAAUAGGAAACUUGCAUAAAAAUUUAAAUUCGAAAAAAAUGCUAUAAAUCAUAACAGAACAUAAUUUAAAAUAUAUGUAUAUCAAAGAAAAAAAGUUGUUUUUGUCUUUCGUUUGGCCCCCAAAGGCGAUUAAAAUCGAGAAAAAAUUCAAAUUAUAGCAGCCAGCCCAAUACGCGCCCUCAUUGGUCGUGACGUCAUAUCAUUAUAAUGUUUGAGUUUCGCGCCAUUAAUUCAUUAUGUUUGAUAUUCGUUUACUUGUUUAUUUUCAUUUUAUGGUGUAUCUCAGUUUUAUAAAUCUUUAGACAGUUGCUGUGAACUAUAUAUUUCAUAAUAUUUGAGUGCUUUUGUUAUGACAAUUUUUUUUUAAAUGACCCAAGCGUGUUUUUCUAAAGGGCAGUAUGAUAACUUACCCAUUAUGAACAUAAAUAUUUAUUAUUAUGAAUAGUUUAUUUUAAUUUUAUAGUAAAACAGAAAUAAAUUGUAUAGGUAAAUAUCAUCACGCCCGGUUUCAUAAUCAACUUAAAGUGAACAUUAACUAAAGUUCACUUUAAAGUUGACAUUUACCCGUAGGAAUUGCAUUGUAAAGGUACCAACUUAAAUUUAAAGUCCACUUUAACAUUAUGAAAUCGCCCGUUAAUCUGUAAUGUUGUACAUCUACCAAAAUAUACCAAAAGUUAUAUUUUAUUUUUGCUCAAAAUAUACAUGAUUUAUUAAACAAAACUAUUGAAUUAUUAUUAUAGUAGUGACUGUGAGAAUGAACUGAAAUGACUUUAAUGUUCUUUCCGCAUGUACCUAACUACUUUUCCUUAUCGACUGGUAAUCUAAUAAAUAUUUUAUUGGGGGUUUUAAUGGUUGUACUUUAACACAAAAUGAUACUAAACAACACUUACUACAGUAUUUACUUUUAUUUUCCAUAGUAAACACACACAAUUCAAUACUAUCUCUUCAAAAACUGUAUUCAACUCCAAAGUAAACAAAGAGGUAUAUCAUAUUUUAUUAGACAUGAGAAAUGUUAUUAUAAAAUAUUAUGAUAUGACGUCACAAGGGUUCGUGCGCUUUUUCGAUAGUUUAAAAUGAUUUAAAUACACAGAAAAUUUUAAACUUGUACUUCUAAGUUAUGAGGUUUUGAGGCGUGGAAUUUUGGAAAUCUUAUGAUUAAGUGAAACUGAACAUUAUUAUGUAAUAAAACAAAAAUGUGCAAGUUUCUUAUUAAAAGUAAUAAAGACGAGUCAAAUCUAGUGCAUAGAGGAAUCCAACAAAUUAUUCUUCAAGUACGUGAAUUUACACAAAAUACUUAACCAAAAAGUCUUCCUUAAAGUUAAAAAAUACUAUAGCACCAGUCUCCCCUAACUCUUUGAGACAUUUUUGAAAUCUGAAAUAAUUCCAACUGGAUUUAUGUUUUCUAAGAAUGCCAUGAGUCGAAAUAACUUGUAGAUAGAUGGGUUCAAAAAUUAAAAAAUUUCGAAUAGUUUCCUAAAAUACUAACACACCUUAAAAUAAUACUACAACUCACGUUAUACAUAAUCUCAACUUAUUUACAAGACUGACCCAACUCAAAAUAAUGCAUUAUCUAUCACAGAAAGUAUCGAAUUAUCUUAUCGUGUUUUAGAGAUACAGUGGAACCUCGAUUAUCCGUCUCUCCAUUAACCGUCACCUCUGUUAACCGUCAGGGUCCGUAUAUAAGUUGUAUUGAAUACAUAAGCAAAAAAUUGAGUCAUCAAUUCAUUUUUUUAGCAUUGCGAUAAGCCAAACGAAAUUCGCUGAAAUGUACAGUGCGGUAACAAAUGAAGUUAUGGCUAAAUCAACUGUUUUGUUUUCGUUGCCUAAAGAUGACAUAAAAGAAUGGUUAAUUUGUGAUGAGAAAGCAAACGGCUAUCGAUUGCUGACAGAUGUUGAAAUUGCAAAACUGAGGCUGACGAAACAGGUUUAGAAGCUGACACAAACUUGUAAUUUGACGGUGGCGAUGUCGAUGAUGCUUUUGCAACUGACAAAGAUUUGCCUAAAGAAGCUGCAUCGCACAUAUGUACAACCAUUCAUCGAGUGGUAUUCUCGACAAGAAGAAUCCAAUAAAGUAGAUUGCACGAUCUUACGCAGGUUAAGAAAUCCAGCCCUUGCAAAAUGUGAAGCAUCAGUAAAACAAAGAAAGAUUUCAGAAUAUUUUAAACCAAAUAGACAAUAAUAACACGAACACAAAUUCCUCUUAUAUUAUCAAACAAAACAUACAAAUAAAGUUUGAGAGUUGUGUUAUUAAUUUUUAACUUUUUUUAAUGUUCUGUUAACCGUCUUUUCGAUUAUCCGUCAUACCCUUGGUCCGGUGCCCUGACGGAUAAUCGAGGUUCUACUGUAUGACAAUAUUGUGCAAAAUGUCGAACCAACUUUUCAAGUUACAAUAACGACACUCCUGUCAUCUGACGGCCAUAGACCUAAACUAACUUUAUGACGUUAUCACACAAAAAAUGUAGAAUAUUUGAAAUCUGUUCACUAAUAUAGUUAAUUCUUUACUUUUUUUGAGAUAUGGCGGUCUUCUUCCAACGUAGCGAUCUAUUGAUAUGCGAAAUGAUAUAUACUUUGCGUUUACUGUACUAAUAUGCUCACUAAUGUUGAAAAUGUAAAUUUAGACCAAUUUUGUAGUCUUAUCCCUUAAUUACUUACGUGAAUGUUUCAGAACGUAGACAAUGACAUGCGGUAUGUCAUACCGUUGCCUAUUCUCGUUUGUUUUCAAUAUGAAUUUGUCUUAUAUCACUGUAUUUGUUUUUACAUCAACUACGGAAUGAUUCUACACUGCUGUACAAUAAAAUACUGCUCCAAAUAAAAUAAACUUUAUUUUUUCUAGAAAAUUAUGAACUCAUGUAUGGUAUUAAAAACAUGGUGGAUGUUCUUACAAAAUCUUUAUAACUAAAUUACAAAAAAAAACGAACAUUGGUAACUAAAAACUGGAAAGCACUUGAAAGUAGGACAACUGGAUGAACUUGCUGCCAUACUAAUAACGAAAAAAUACUGAAUGGAUGUUUUUAACUAUAGAAACGUAAACACUGACAUUGGGAGCAGGUACAAUUACACACCCUUUGAAGGUUUUUUAGGAAUCUUUUAUAAAACAAGUUGUACAACAAAAUAUAUUUUCGGCGGGGUAUGGCAUACCGCAUGUCAGUGGUUAAGGGUUAUAUUUUGAGUGUAGUAUACUUUUGCACGAGGAAAUAGGGUGUCCGGACAAAUAAUCCCCGGACAAAAAAUCCCGGACAAAAAAUCCCCACAAAUUAUCCCUGGACAAAAAAUCACCGGACAAAAAAUCCCCGCAAAAAUCCCCACAAAUAAUCCCCACAAUUAUCCCCACAAAUAAUCCCCGGACAAUUGUUCCCCGGACAAAUAAUCCCCGGACAAAAAAUCCCCACAAAAAAUCCCGGACAAAAAAUCCCCAAGAAAUGUUUGCUGCCGAAUAGUUCUCUAAAAGUUUUCCCGUGAAUGGUGGAAAAUAUGGGGAAUAGGCUAGGGCUCUGGGAAUCAUGUUGUAAUUGGCUUAAAUCUUUUGUUCACUUUGCUUUGAAUAACUCUGUUCAAAACAUUGUCUAUUCGUGAUGAUAACUGCUGAUACUGAAAACGAUAAUCUUGAUUAUACUAAUGCAAAAAAUCCAUUCCACGCAUCGCCAGGAAAGUUAUACAAAGCUUUUCGAGUAUUUUGAUUUUUCUGGUGGUUUUGGGAACAAAUUUAGGGGCAUUACUAUUCGAUAUCCGGUUUUUAAAAAACGUAAUUCAAGAUCUAUGUGUAUCCAUAAAAAAACUUUAAAAAUUUAUCCAUAAAUCAAACCAGACAUAGCUGCUCGGGGAGAGGCCAGAUGGGAUAAGGUAUGUAGGGCGGCCUAGAGAAAGGUGGGAAGAUGUAGUCAGAGAAGAUCUGGAGUAAAUGGGAGUAAAACAAUGGGAAAUAGUGGCACAGGACCGACAAACAUGGAAGGAAAUAGUAAACGCGGCCAAGACUCUAGAAGAGUUAUAACGCCAUUGAUGAUGAUGAUGAUGACUAAAUAUUUUUGACUUUACAUUUACAAAAAGGAACAGAAUUCUUUGCAUUGCAAUCAAGAUUAUCGUUUUCAAGACCAGCAGUUAUUAUCACGAAUAGACAUUAAGUACAACAUGAUUCCCACAGCCUUAGCUUAUUCCCCACAUCUUUCACGAUUAUUGAAAAAACUCACAAUUGGAAUUCGAAAUUUGGUAAUCGAAAUUACAAUUCAUGCUUAAUUUUAAUUGCUAAUCAUUAUUUUCGUGCCGAAAACUGAUUCAUGGCGAUUGCUAUAACUCUCAUGCACUGAGGCUGCAAAACAUUUGCGUCGAUUGCAUUCACGGGAAAACUUUUAGAGAACUAUUCGGUAGCAAAUAUUUCAGGGGAUUUUUUGUCCGGGAUUAUUUGUGGGGAUAUUUUGUCCAAAACAAUUUGUGGCGAUUUUUUGUCCGGGAUUUUUUUGUGGGAAUUUUUUGUACGGGGAUUAUUUGUGGGGAUUUUUCGUCCGGACAUAAUUUGUGGGGAUUUUUUGUCCGGGAUUAUUUGUCCGGGGAUUUUUUGUCCUAGCUUCGGAAAUAGAAACAACAUGGGUAUAAAUUAAUGAUAUGUAUUUAUGAGUUUUACUAAUUAUUUACGUCUUAUUAUCUAUAACUUUCGAUUAUUUAUUAUUUAUUCGAAGAUAAAUUGAAAAUUUGUAGAUACGAACAACAUAAUAUUUAUAUUAGAUUAGUUUUUUGGGCCUUUUGAAUUCUUAAAUAGAAUGUUAAUUUAAUGAAUUAUAUUAAUUAAUGCUGUUUUACAAUUUAUGCUGUUUUCUCUAAAAGUUGAAAUUUAUAAAAUAGAUAAAUAAAAAUGACACAUUGUUAAUAAUCCUUUAUCAUCUCGAUGCAUUAACUAAUACCAAUGAAGUACAUGAUGAUUUAAGUCCAGUAAGAUAAAUAAUAUUGAUACUCAGUACAUUGGAUGUAUUACAUCCAGAAGGAAUAAUUUUUUGAACUUAAUUUUUUGGCAACGUGGUAGACUUACAUCAAGAAUGAAACGAUAACAUUGGCAAUCAUUAAUUUUUAUUAACAUGCAAUAAAAAAUUAAUAAUGUGUUUGGCGACCUCGUAGCUGAAUACACUCCUCUACACGUCUAGGUCUAGGCAUUGACAAAAUGAGAUGAUCGGUGUCUGCUUGUGGUACCUCAUUCCAAGCAACUUGAACUUCAUGGAUUAACUUGCCAGAGUCUGUAGAGGAUGGUGCAAAGUGGACAGUCUCUUUGGAUAGGAUGUGGCUUUUAAGAUGUCUGUGUAGAAUAAACACAAGUGGUGAUCAGCUACCAUAAGCAAUAGGCAAACCAUUGCUCCAACUGUCCUGUGUACAUGCCUCUCAACAGCAAACCCAAUAUCUAGUCGCUCUCUACAGCGACGUCUUAUCAUCCUACGACCAUCAUGCAUUCCUAAACAAAAUCGCAAUGCAACUUUAUGUCAUUCUGCCCACCCCCUCCCCCAAUGCUGCCGUUUUCUGCACCAAUUCAAACGUUGAUGAUAGUGGUCCGCAGUCAAAGGAAGCACUACACGUGGACGGAUUGAAACAACUCCAAAGGCUCGAAUGCGACGGUAUAGUGCAGGGGCACCAAUUAGAUUUCCUGAGGGUCCGUUUCGAAAACCUAUGGCACCUCCGAGGUCCGGAGUUAACACUACCUGUCUGGUUGUUCCAAUUCGGUAAACAAAUCAGAAGGGUGCAGUGCGAAAUUUUUAGGCAGAAAUUGUUUUUAACAGUUUUUUAAUAAAUUCAAAACAUAAACCUUCAAAACCUUUCUUGCCAACGAAAAUAUGUUUUAGCAUUUUUGGGUCAUCUUAAACAAAUACGAUUUUCUGUCAUUUUUCUCAAAACUUGAUAGAUUUCAAGUUUUAAACGAUUUAUAAACUGAAAAAUGUGAAAAUAAGCAUUUUCGAAUCUUGAAAAUUCAUGUGUACAUUAUUAUUUUCGCGGUUGUUAAGUGCCUAAAUUGAAGUUUAAACAUUCAAUUUAAAGAUUCUGAUGAGUUAUCGGGGUUUAUUUCAGUUUCGACCAUUUGUUUUUAUUGGCGUAUUUAAUUAGCACAUUGGCAAUAAUUCAUUGAAUAAAUAAAUAAAUCAUUAAGAAAAAAAUAUGUUAAUAAUAAAUUAUAAAAUUUUAAUAAAUGUGGAGUAUUUGUUGGGCAUUUUUUGCAUAAGUACGUAUAAUAUGUUUAAUAAGUGCGACAGAGACGCACCAUAAAUUGCAAUGUGCGACGACUUAAAAGCGAGUGGACUCGCAUACUUAACAAUUAUAGAACAACAGUAUAUAUUGAAGUGUGCCCCGAUUACUCGUUAGAAUCUUGAAAUUGAAUUUAAAAACUCCAAUUUAGGCACUUGGCAACCUGAAAACUAAUAAUUUACAUAUGAGUUUUCAAACCUCGAAUAUGCGUAGGUAUUUUCACAUUUUUAAGAUUUUAAAUCGCUUAUAACUCGAAAAACAUCAACUUUUGAAAAAAAAUGACAGAGACCUUUUUUUUAAAUACAAUUUUCGGGGCUAAAAGGUAAUUUUGAAUUUGUAUAACAAGAUUGUUUUGCCCGGCAUCCCGGGCCCCUUCUGAUUUGUUUAAGGGGACAUUUUUGAACAGGAAUCCACAAAAAAAACUGAAUCAGAAAAUUUGUUAUUCUUUACAAUUAAAUUAUCAGUGAGAAAAAUGACAUUUUUUAUUAUGUACAACCUGUCUGAAGUUUGGAGUGAGUUUGGUGCAACUGAUUCUCAUUGGGGAGUUGCGAUAUUCAUCUGUUAGCUGAGAUCUGUACCGAUUUUUAAUAAAAUUCAUUCUUGAUAAAGCGGCUUCGCACACAUAAGUUGAGUCAAACAUAAUAUACAAUUUCAUGGCCAAUCAUUUUCAAAAUUGCCAAACGCUAUAUUCUGAAUUUAAUGACGGUCCGCACAAAAGUAGCUCACGGUCCGGAUGCGGACCACGGUCCGCUAAUUGGUGACCCCUGGUAUAGUGUACGUAUAGUAACAGGUCUACCUGCUAAUCUAAGCGUUUGGUCAGCGAUUUGACGCGUAGUAAGAAAACGGUCUCGCAGAGCCAGUAGUUUAAAGCGCAUAUCUUGACGCUCUGUGGUCCGGCUCCCAGUUGGUCUUUUUCUUGUUCAUCUUCACAACUCGUAUCUCUCUAGGCAACAAUUCUACUCCUGUCAAAAUCGCUAACAUAGUGGUAAUUUUGGUGUCUUUAUUGUUACAAAUAAUAUAAAAGAUAUAACAUUGAUAUUGUUAUGCUUUCUGUUCUCAAAAAAAUUAAGUUUAGAAAAUUAUUCCUUCUGGGUGUAACACUUCUAAUGUCAAUAGGUUUGUUCCAACUCGAUACAAAACCGUUCUUGGAUCGUUACGCACAUGCGCAAUAACGAAUAAUUAUGCGCAGUAACACAUUUUUCGUUACUGCACAUACUCGUAACCGUUCAAGAACGGUUUUGUAUCGAGUUGGAACAAACCUAAAGGGUAUAUUUGAGUUACUGCACAUUCGAUUCUCGAAUAUCAUAUUAUAAAAUCAAAAUCGUUAGUAGAAUCCACAGAUAGACCGAAUGAAAAGGGAUUAUUUACCAAUCUAUACAGCGUUCCACGUUAAGAAUAGAACAUUAUUGCGCUUAUGAAGAUCAGUGUUUGCAAACCUCUCGGGCAUGGGUCUCGACAGCCGAUAUACAAUUCAUUCUAUCGAGUACGGCAUGGCAUCGGCGCGCUUCUAUCGUUCAUAAGAAAUACAUGGGGCUAUCUCUGCAAUGUUCUAUUCUUUACGUGGAACGUUGUAUAGUGAUAUUUUAAUAUAAACGGCGUUUUUUGUUGCUUGUUUUAGAGCGUUUCAUAUUGGCACUUAUAUGCUUUGUUGGAUUGUAUAAUAUAGUGAGUUGCAUUUACAUUGUACCUUUUAUUUUAAACUGUGUAUUCUUAAUAAAUACGUUCACUUUAGAA